AUGGGGGACAUCCUACAGCUGGUCCUAAAGAGACUUGGCUUAGGUGUGGUCACUCUUCUGGUGAUCUCAAUCCUGAUUUUUUUCGCGGUUGAGCUGCUGCCGGGCGAUAUCGCCCAGGCCGUUUUGGGCCAAGCAGCAACACCAGAAACCGUGGCUGCAUUACGCGAAAAGAUGGGCCUCGAUCAGCCCGCGAUCUUGCGAUAUUUCCAAUGGCUCGGAGGUGCCCUCACCGGUGAUUUCGGUGUUUCGCUCAUAUCAGGCGAACGCGUCAGUGAAGCGAUCAGUGGCCGCUUUAUCAACACGCUUUUCCUUGCGACAUAUGCGGCAGUCAUAGCUGUACCGAUCUCGAUCAUACUGGGCGUCAUCGUGGCUUUGCUGCGCAACACGCUGUUCGACCGUGUCGCCAAUGUCGUGACCCUCACGUCCAUCAGCUCUCCGGAAUUUUUCCUCGGCUACAUCCUGAUCCUGUACCUGGCCGUGAAGACCAACUAUUUCCCUGCCAUCGCCAGUCUCAGUACAGACAUGAGUUUCGGCGAAUUGCUUCACAGGACAUUCCUUCCGGCGUUGACGCUGGUUCUGGUCGUAACCGCGCACAUGAUGCGUAUGACCCGGGCCGCAAUCAUCAACCUCCUUGCGUCGCCGUAUAUCGAAAUGGCCCGGCUCAAAGGCGUGCCGCCCUGGAAGGUGAUCGUCAAACACGCGCUUCCCAACGCCUGGGCACCGAUCAUCAAUGUGGUAGCGCUGAACCUUGCCUACCUGAUUACCGGUGUGGUUCUGGUGGAAGUUGUCUUCGUCUAUCCGGGUGUCGGCCAGCUCCUCGUCGACGCUGUUUCCAAACGCGACUUCCCGAUAGUCCAGGCAUGUUGCCUCAUCUUCGCUGCGACCUUCAUCCUGCUCAACCUGGCAGCAGAUGGCAGCGAUAUGAACACAUUCGUCAUCGGAUACUAUGCGCUGCUGAUUGGGGCCUCCUGUCUCGCAGCCUAUUUCAAGAAAAGACAACUGUUCCUGUUGAUCUUUUCCCUCACACUCAUUUCCUUCGUCACCGGGAUCGUUGGUGGUGUCGGUGCCUUGCGUUUCAUCACAGUCGCGGCCGGCCUCCUGGCACUGGCGGCCGGGGUGUCGUACGCUUUCCGUGAGUUUCUGAUCAUCAUCGCGUCGGACGGUGUUGCAAAGGAACUUCGCACGGCUCCCCUGACCGCCGCGUUCGGCAUGUUCGUGAUCUUCACCUACGCCAUUGCAGGGAUCUUCGCGCCUAUCAUUGCCCCUUUUGGCGAAGCAGAGGUCAUUUCCUCCGCCUUCGCGCCGGCGGAUGAAAACAUGCUGCUCGGAGCAGACCAGCUCGGGCGCGACAUGUUCAGCCGGUUGAUCUACGGUGCGCGCAACACCGUCGGUCUUGCCCUGGUGGCAACCAGUCUUGCCUUCAUCCUCGGAGCGCUGACAGGUCUGCUGGCAGCGACCAAGGGGGGUUGGUUCGACCAGUUGAUGGGCCGGGUCGCCGACGUGAUCAUGUCGGUUCCCUCGCUGAUCUUCGCGCUGCUGAUGCUGAGUAUCUUCGGCACAAGCCUGUUCGUGAUUGUCAUCAUCGUCGCCUUGAUCUAUUCCCCGCGCGUUUUCCGUCUGACGCGAGCCGUUGCGGGCAAUGUCGUCGUGAUGGAUUACAUCGAGGCUGCAAAACUGCGCGGGGAAGGCAACUGGUACCUGAUCCGAAGGGAAAUCCUGCCGAAUUCGACCGCUCCACUGGUCGCUGAAUUCGGCCUGGAAUUCUGUUUCGUGUUCCUUCUGAUCGCGGGUCUCUCGUUCCUUGGUCUCGGUAUCCAGCCGCCGACCGCCGACUGGGGCUCCAUGGUGCGCGAAAACGCCACGCUGAUUUCGUUUGGUGAACUGACACCCCUCAUUCCGGCAGCUGCUAUCGCGUUGCUGACGGUUUCGGUUAACUUCGUCGUUGACUGGAUGCUUUUCCGGUCCUCCGGCCUUAAGGACCUUCGGAUCGAAGGCUAUUCGGAUGAGCAGUGGAUCGAGAUCGUUCAUGGUGUCGAUCUCACUCUCCACAAAGGCGAGGUUCUCGGACUGAUCGGAGAGUCGGGUGCGGGCAAAUCCACCAUCGGGCUCGCCGCGAUGGGAUUUGCCAGGGACGGUUGCCGGAUUUCCGGUGGUUCCAUCGAGUUUGACGGCAUGGAACUGACCACGACACCGGAAGGAGAUUUGCGUGCGCUGCGCGGGUCAAGGAUUGCCUAUGUGGCGCAGUCUGCUGCCGCGUCCUUCAAUCCGGCCCACCGGAUCAUCGAUCAGCACACCGAAGCCCCGAUCCAGUACCGCAUCCAAAAGCGCGUGGAAGCGCAAGAGGAUGCAAUGGAGCUUUACCACCGCCUCCGGCUUCCCAAUCCGGAUGAAAUCGGCUUCCGGUAUCCGCACCAGGUUUCAGGUGGACAGCUGCAGCGCGCCAUGACCGCCAUGGCAAUGGCAUGCCGUCCCGACCUGAUCAUCUUCGACGAGCCGACAACGGCGCUGGACGUGACGACCCAGAUCGAGGUUCUUGCCGCGAUCAGGGACAUUGUCGACCAGUUCAAUACGGCCGCGAUCUAUAUCACGCACGACCUCGCGGUCGUUGCGCAGAUGGCAGAUACGAUCAAGGUCUUGCUGAAAGGCGAGGAAGUCGAAGAAGCGCCUACGGAGCAGAUGCUGGAUGCGCCGAGCGAAGACUAUACCAAGAGCCUUUGGGCGGUGCGCAGUUUCAAACGUCCCCAGAAGGAACGCCCGACGGAGGCCGGGUCAAUACCUAUUGUCUCUGUCAAGAACGUGGAUGCAGCCUACGGCAAGAUCAAGGUGCUUGAUGAUGUCUCUUUCGACAUCUACCCGGGCAUGACAGUCGCGGUCGUGGGCGAAUCCGGAUCCGGGAAGUCGACGACCGCACGGUGUAUUACUGGCCUGCUGCCACCGACGAAAGGCGAGAUCCAGUUCAAUGGUGAAUCCUUGCCGCCCCGCUAUCAGGACCGCACAAAGGAUCAAUUGCGCCAAGCGCAGAUGAUCUACCAGAUGGCGGACACCGCGCUGAAUCCAAAGAUCAAGAUCAGCGAGAUUAUCGGACGCCCGGCGCAAUUUUAUCGUGGCGUGCGCGGAGCGGAGUUGAAGAACCGUGUCGACGAACUUCUGGACCUGAUCGAGCUGGAUCCGGCGAAGUUCUACAACCGCUACCCGCCAGAGCUUUCCGGCGGUCAAAAGCAGCGUGUGGGAAUUGCGCGCGCGCUGGCGGCGGACCCGUCCUUCAUCAUUUGCGACGAAGUGACAAGCGCGCUCGACCAGCUUGUUGCGGAAGGCAUCCUGAAGCUUCUCGACAAAUUGCAGGAAGACUUCAAUCUGGCCUACAUGUUCAUCACCCACGAUCUGGCGACCGUGCGCUCGAUUGCCGACGAAGUGGUCGUGAUGCAAAGGGGCAAGGUGGUUGAGCAGGGGGCAAAGGACGAAAUGUUCACCCCGCCACACCAUCCCUAUACGGAUCUUCUGCUGUCUUCGGUGCCCGAAAUGGACCCGAACUGGCUGACGACCUUGCUGGAGGAGAGGGGAACCGACUCCAUCGGCGAAGCCGCGAAUGUCUAG